AUUGGAAUACUUAUAGGUCAUUUUUGUAAACCUAUCUACUUUUUCUACUUAAGAGAGGAAGGCAAAUAUUUUAUCUCGUUCGACUCAUCCUACCACCAGUCACAAAAGUAUGCAUCGCUUUUUUUUCUUUUCUUCGGAAAAGUCGAAAUUCUACCCAUAAUUCUUGAUUUUUUCUAACAGAACUCAACUUCUAUUAAAUGAAAACAUCAUUUUCGAAAUCAGGAUCAAAAGCUGAGUCGAAUGAGAUGUAUUUCUAUCCUAUCUGACUACUUUAAUUUUUUUCGAAUUCUUACGUUGAAAAUGAUCGAGAUUUUCACCAAAGAAUGAAAAGCAACUAAACAUUUUGAAAUACACAUCAUUCGACUCAAUUUUUUGAUCCUGAUUCUGAAUAUGGUGUUUUCAUUCCAUAGAAGUUGAGUUCUGUCAAAGAAAAUCGACAACUACCGAUAGAAUUCCGACUUUUUCGCCUGUGAUUUAGAAAAAAUGAUUUUUCUCAACAAAGAAAAGAAAAGAAAAGAAAAAUAAAAGCGACGCAUACUUUUGUGACUGGUGGUAUGAUGAGUCGAACGAGAUAAAAUAUUUGCCUUCCUCUCUUAAGUAGAAAAAGUAGAUAGGUUUACAAAAAUGACCUAUAAGUAUUCCAAUGGGCGCAAUUCGAACCACCGCCAUCGAAAGGCUUCUUAGGUUAAAGUCGAUUUAACGUUGUGCCUAUACUCAGUUUUAAACACUGAAUCCGAAAAAAAUAGUCUCAUAAGCUCAACAAAAGAGCAAAACACAAAAUUUCGCAUAUUUUCGAAAACCAUGUUUUUCGGAAAAACCAGUCCUCGUCAAGUUUUUCAAUUUUUUCCACCUGAAAAAAUAUUUCUGAAAGCUAGGAACCAGUUUUUCUUAAUCAGCGGCUCACGCUCUAUCAAGCCAUAUAUAAAAAAAUGCAAAAAAGAAUUUUACUGAAAGUUCUAAUUUCGGACACCUUACAAAUCUCCAGAAAUUGGCGCAUAGCAGAAGUAGAACUGAAGCAUAGUUUUACUGUUAUGAUAAAUUUAUCAUACGUAGAUUUCUGAAUUUUAUUUUUUGUGUUGAAUCGCUUCCGUGUGGAGAUUUUCUGGAAAUACACCGCUGCAGCACUUCUAUUAGAUCGGAAUCGGCCUAUCUGUUCUUUAGAAUUGUUCCAGACUGCUGAUGUGUAUUUUCAAAGGAUCUAGAGGACGGUGAUGCCUGCGAUUGGAAUUCCGACCUAAUGCUGUUUGCCACUAAAGCCGAGUUGUUUUUAUUAUACCCUUCCUUCGGCUUAAGAUCCUUUAUGGAUCAUAGACAGUUUUGUCUGCUUUGCAAAAUGGCUACUCAGCAUUUAUUAGUUUUAAUGUAUGACAGACACUCUUUUGAUGUCUGAUAGCCGUUUCGAUCAUUAUACAUAAAAUCGGCACAAUUCACUGUGACACAUUUCUAAGGAUUUAUUUCAAAAUUCAUCUGGUGCUUGAGUCUGUUGCUUUUACUUUGUUAUAAAUCUGUUCUAAUUCAGUGAAAGUCAUUCAGUGAGAUGAGACCAAGAAUGAGAAGUUUUGUAUGAAAGAAGAAGCAAAACCUACAUAUUGUUUUUUAGUCAUCAAACUGUGUGCUUCCAGAAGAUCUGAACAAUUCACAAGUUAUAUUUGACAAUCUAGAAAGACAUAUACUAGCAUUAAAAAGUUACGAAUAUUUGCAAAUAGCUGAUCAUGUGGAACAGUCUAUGAUCGAUUUUUCGAACAACACUGAUCCUGAAAAAACCGGUGAUACUAUUAAUGAAAGUAUUCAAAAAGAUACUGCCACAUCGGCAGUUGAAUUGGAAAUAUUGCAAUACACGGAUCCACGCGCUUUUCUCGAUUUUAUUCAUAUUAUAUUGGUUAAAUAUCUCAAUAUACUUCAACUGGACGACAAACAUCUUACAAUGUGUUCUAACGAACUUGAUAACUUUCUCCAGACAGUAGAUGGCUAUGUGGCAGAUUUUUCUGACUGGAAUUAUCUGUUCACAGAUAAUCAGAAAUAUGCGCAUGAAACAUUCGACUUAUUUUUCAACGUACUAAGUUCAACAUCAAUUUUGAAUGAUUUACAAAAUCAAGAAAUUGAUAAACCAAAACGAAACGCGUGUUCUAUAAUAUUUUCUAUCGUUCAGACCGUGUGCGAGAGUUUAAUGAGUUUUACCGUGUUUACAAAUAGUGAUUUUGAUUCUUAUAUACCGCUCCUUGAAGCAUUUAUCACAUACAUCAGUCGUGAUUUUGAAUCGUUGGACACGACCAUGAACGAUCAACUUCAGUCAUUGACCAGCAACGAUGAUCCAGAUCACUCUCUUCUGUCCGAGAAUCAAGACAUAUUGGCGCUUCCACUAAAUGCAUUCAUAACCAAUACUAUAUUAGUUUUAAUUAAUACCUUGGCCAAUAAAACCAUUCUUGUUCCAGUUUUUGUUAAGACGGGAUAUCCAAAAGCUGUGUUGAAUUGGAUUACACUUUCAUAUUUGUCUGAGUCUUUACAAAAUUCAAUUAUGCACGUAAUUAAUAAUAUAGCACGGCAUGAUAUUGGUGCCGAUGCUCUAAAUAUGAAUAAUGCACUAUCAGCGUUACAAACAUUUAAAGAAAAUAUUCUAGACAAGCGAACAAAUUCUCAAAUCGAAAAUCAAGAUCUGGACACAAGUUUACUGUAUUCUAUGACAGUUGCACUUUUAUCUGAUCCAGAACAAAUUAAAAAAGGUUCCAAAACAAUGAACAAAAUACUUGAUCAAUUGCUACGAAUGGUGAUUGAAACAGCUAUAAUCGAAGAAUGUCGCGGUUAUCAUUUAUCGGAACCACUUGUUGUAUUAACAAAAUUAUUUAUGAAUGAUGAUGUUGUUGAUUAUGUACUUAAGCAUGCACAAGUUGAAAAAGACGACAACAAAAAUAAAUCGAAUCUACAAAUAUUUUGCGAUACGUUGAUAUUCCACACAGACAUGCCAAAUAACGAGAAACACGACAGCGCCAGUUCCAAUGACAGUGGCAGCGAAACUAAAAAUGAAGACGAAAAUGAAGAGAAUCGUAUGUUGAAACAGUUAAUAAGAAUUGCCUUAUGUAAUCUGUUGUGGAGUGUUUCAUUUCAUAGUCAGUAUAAGAACGAAAUGAGAGAAAAUGAUGGAUUUAUGACUACUAUUAAAUAUUUAGCUGUAAAUGGGGAAGUUUCACUUCAACAAUUCGUACCAAAACAUCUGUCAAGUAUAAAGAAAGCAGCUGAUGGCAUAUUGUGGAACUUAAACGAAUCAAUCCCAGGUGCAAAACCAAAAAGCUCUCAAAAAAGUACUCCGGAAAACACAGCAACAACGAAUAUCAGCAAGACACCAUUGGUAAUGAUCAGCUAUUCCCAUGAGGACGAUACCUUUUGUAGAAAUCUCGACUAUGCAUUAAUAGAAAAUGCUCAACUUGAUGCAUGGACUGAUUAUAAGGACAAUGAUGUUCAAAAAGACAUUUCACAUACCGAUAAUUUAUGGGAAAAUAUCGCAAAUGUAAUGGAAGCAUCAGAUAUCAUUCUUUUAUUAAUAACAAAAGAUUACUUUAAUAGUAAUUCAUGCCGACAAGAAGCUGAAUAUGCUAAAUAUUCAUUGAAAAAGCGUAUUAUCCCAAUCUAUUUAACAAACGACUACGAAGCACGAGGAUGGCUUGGAAUUAUGAUUGCUGGACACAAACAUAUUCGAUUCGGUAGAAAAACGUUUGAUUCAACGAUAAUAGAAUUGAUUAAACGAAUUACGGAUUAUGUACCAGCGAAAACGACGAUACAAAAUCGAGCAGAAAGCGCUCCAGUGACUACAUCUGCUUCCAGACAACAACAGCCACGAAAAUCAGUCGAUCACUGGACAUUAGAAGACAUUAAUCACUGGUUUAGUUUUAAUCAUAUUCAACCAGAAUUACGUUCAUUAUUUACAUUUCCGACUGGAACGGCCAUGGUCCGUUAUGCUGAUUACUUAAAAUGCAAUAGUAAGAAAGAAUAUGAAGCAAAAUGUACAAAAUUCGAAGAUAAAUAUCAUAAAAAAUUAGAUGCUGAUCAGUUUUUUGUCUUUGAAGAUGCCUUGUGUCGGCUAAGUGAUGAAUAUGGAAAGAUGAGACAACCGUCAGGACAGGAACUGACACCUCCAGAUCAUCCACAACCGUCGCAACAACGUCAACAGCCAAAUCUGAGAACUUCACGAUUCUGUAUAAUCAUAUAG